UCUGUUUGUUACUGAUACUGUGCUGAAAUAAUCUACAUCAAUACCAUUGCGGAGUAUAUAUUUUGUGAAAUAUCGAGAUCAAAACAUUUUUUUAUGCUUAGAUAAUGUAGUAGUAGUAGAAAAAAAGAUAUAAGAUAUAAGAAACGAAAGUUACGUUGGAAAUCGAUUUAUCUUUCUAACAACUUUUAACUUGUGGUAGCACUGCGUUAAUACAUAACAACAACAGCUGAUUCAUUAGAAAAAUAAAAACGUGAUAGAUUAAUAUUUUUAUACCUAGUAAAUAUUAUUUUAAGUUAGAUUAAGUCUGAAAAUGUUUUUCAAAAUAUUUAUAAAAAAUUGUUCAUUGUUGUAUUAUCAACGAGAACAAAAAAUCACCAGAUUACGAAAAUUUGGGAUGUCUUUUACAGCAGCCGCAUCAAUUUUCACAUCUCUAUCCAAACAUUCUUUAGAUAUUAAUGAAUUUAUGGCACAACCGAUCACGCCAUUAGAAAAAUUAUCUUCCAACCCAAACGAUAUGAAAACAAAAAUGGAACUGAUGAUUUUGAAAGUACAAAAAGAAUUUUGUAGUUCUCUAGAAGCCGAAGAAAAUUGCAAUAAAUUCAUCGUCGACCGAUGGGAAAGGAAAGAAGGAGGUGGUGGCGUAACAUGUGUUUUGCAAGAUGGAAAAGUAUUUGAAAAAGCUGGAGUAAAUAUAUCUGUAGUUCACGGGAAUUUACCACCUGGAGCUGUUGCUCAGAUGCGCUCUAGAGGUAAAAAACUCGAAAAUGGACAGCUACCUUUCUUUGCUGCUGGUAUAAGUGCAGUCAUUCAUCCUGUAAAUCCAAUGGUACCGACAAUACAUUUCAACUAUAGGUAUUUUGAAGUAACAAGUGGUGAUGAAGUUCAAUGGUGGUUUGGAGGCGGUACAGACUUAACUCCUUAUUAUUUGAACACCGCAGACGCCGUACAUUUUCAUAAAGAACUCAAAGACGCCUGUGACAAACACGACAAAACUUAUUAUCCCAAAUUUAAGAAAUGGUGUGACGAUUAUUUCAAUAUCCCUCACAGAGGUGAAAGGAGAGGCGUCGGUGGUAUUUUUUUCGACGAUCUAGAUACACCCAAUCAGGAACAUUGUUUCGAAUUUGUUAAAAGCUGUGCUAACGCUGUGAUUCCUUCUUACAUUCCAUUAGUACAAAGACACAAAAUGACGAAAUACACAAACGUUGAAAGGGAAUGGCAGUUACUUAGAAGGGGAAGAUACGUAGAGUUCAAUUUGAUCUAUGAUAGAGGCACCAAGUUUGGUUUAUACACUCCAGGUGCUAGAUACGAAAGCAUAUUAAUGUCGUUGCCUUUAACUGCUAGAUGGGAAUAUAUGCAUGAACCAAAGGAAGAUUCGCCUGAAGGUGAACUUUUAAAAGUACUGAGGAAUCCUAAGGAUUGGGUGGAUUGUACUUGUGAAAAAUGAUGGAUUGACAAGAAUUUUCAAUAGAAAUAAAUUAAUAACAGAUAAAAUACAAGGAACGAGAGUGUUGUGGUGAAUAUUUGAUUUUUGGUGGUUAAAAUGGAAGGUUUUUGUAAUGUAAUUGAUGAUAAGGACCACAAUUUAUUCAUAUUUACUCUACUGAGCCCGUGUUUUUCCCUUAUAACUUUCACACUAUACAUAAAAUUCAAGUACUCUACAUUAUAAUAGAAUCUAACAUGAAUUCAACUCUUUCACUCUUUCAAUAAGAAUCUUAGUCAUCUAGGUUCUUUUUUUAGUAAAUUCUUAUCUUCCAGAAUACUUUUUAGAGAAAUUCCAGCUGCAUAAAUAAUUUUUGAAAAAAGUCUAGGUUACAAGAAGAUUUUUUAAGAAUUUUUAGCGUCUUGGAUUAUUUGUGAAUAAAUACUAGCAAACUGGAUAAAUUUUUAAAUUUUGUUGAUGUCCUAAGUGAUUCUUCAACAAAAUUUUAGCCUCCUAGAUGAUUUUGCAAUCAUUGCUAGGCUCUUAGUUGAGUCUCAACCAAAAUUAUAGCUUUCUGGAUUAUAUUUAAAAAAAUAUUCACUUUUUAGAUGAAUUUUUUUCAGGUUCUAGACUCAAAAAUGGUUUUUUAACAAAAUCGUACCCUCCUAAAUGAAUUUUAAAUAAAAGCAUUGUCUUCUAGUUGAUUUUUCAAAUAUAAAUAAACUUUCUAAAUGAUUUGUCAUAAAAUUUUUGUGUGUUUCACCCAUUUUUCAAUAAAUUUUAGCCCUCUUGGUGAUUUUUCAACCAUUGCUAGCCUCUUCAUUAAUUUUCAAUCAAAAUCAUAGCUUUCUGGAUUAUAUUUAAAAAAAUAUUCAUUUUUUAGAUGAAUUUUUUUUCAGUUUCUAGCUUCAAAAAUAGUAUUUCAACAAAAUCAUGCCCUCCUAGAUGAAUUUUAAAUCAAAUCCUUGUCUUCUAGUCAAUUUUUCAAGUACAACUCAAUUUUCUUAAUGAUUUUUAAUGAUUUUUCAUCAAAUUUUUGUAUGUUACACCCAUUUUUCGAUAAAUUUUAGCCCCCUAGGUGAUUUUUCGACAAUUACUAGCCUCUUAGUCAAUUUUUCACAAUAAUUGUAGCUCACUAAACUAUAUUUCUUCUUAGAUGAUAUUUCUCUAGUUACUAGCCACAACAAAUGGUUUUAAAAGAAUAUCAUACCCAUCUUAUUUAAUUUUUGACAAAAACCCUCGGCUACUAGACAGUUUUUCAACCAAAUCCCAACCUUCUAGAAGAUUUUUCGACAAAUUUUAUUGUAAUACGCCAAUUUUCAAAAAAGUUCAGUUCCCUAUGAUGUUUCAAUAUUUAUUAGACGAUUUUUCUCCUGUUGCCAACCUUAGAGAUAAUUUUUUUGAAUAAAAUCAUACCCGUUAGAUGAAUUUUCAACAGAAUCCCACCCUCCUAGAUGAUUUUUUUAUGAAAUUCUUAAUUAUUGAAGUAAAUGCUAACCUUAAUGAUUUUUCAACAAAUCUUACCGUCUUCACUCAAUUUUCAACAAUUUUUAACCCUCUAGAAGAUAUUUAAAUAAUUUCUACCCACUAUCUUAUUUUUUUUAACCAAAUUCUAGCCUUCUAGUUGAUAUUUUAGAAAAUAUUUUCCUUUUUGGAUGAAUUUUCUCAAGUUUACUAGCCUCACAGAUAGUUUUCCAACAAAUUUUAAUGCCCUGGUUAAUUUUUUCACAAAUAAUAGUUUUUCUAUACGGUAAUCAUUAAAUCCUAGCCCACUAGAUGUUUUUUUAACAAAUCAUAGCGACCUACUCCAGUUUUUAACACGUGUUAACAUCCUAGAUAGUUUUUAAACAAUGAUUAGCCUCAUAGAUGAAUUAUCAACAAAAUCUUAUCCUCCUGGGUUAUUUUUCUCCUAAUCUUUGCCUCCUUGAUGAUUCUAAUGUACUAAAUAAUUUUUGCAACAAAUAAGAGUGAUUUUUCAUCAAAUAUCAGCCUUCUAGAUUAUUAUUCAACAAAUACUGGCCUCCUGGGUGCUUUUUCUUCAAAACAUAGCAUCCUAAGUGAUUUUUCUCUUAAUCUUGGUCUUCUAAAUGAUUUUUUAAUAGUUUUUACAAUAAAUACGAGCUUCCUAAGUGAUUUUCCUCCAUUCUUAGCCAUCUUCAUGAUCUUUCAACGAAUCUAUUGUCUUUUACUAACAAAUAAUAACUUCCUGGAUGAUUUUCCCAUAAAUCAUAACCUCUUUAAUUAUUUUCAUACAAAACUCACCCUUCUACAUAUUUUUUUAACAGAUCCUAGGUUUUUAGCUUAUUCCUCUCCGAAUCUAGUUUUGUAGAUUAUAUUUUUAAAAAUCCUGGCCUCGGAGGUGAUUUUUCUUCAAAUCUCAGUUGCCUAGAGUAUUUUUCAACAAAUCAUAACCUUCAAAAUGAUUUUUCUAACCUAACCUAACUGCCUAGAUAAAUUUCCAAUAAAUCCUAGUGUCUUAUAGGUUUUUUAACCAAAAUCUAUCGUCCCGUUGGAAAUUCUCAACUCGUACUUAAUUUUUCUCGAAAUCCUAAACGAUUUUCACCAAAUCCUAGCCUCCCAUAUAAUUUUUUUCGAAAUCCUAAACGUUUUUCACCAAAUCCUAGCAUCCCAUGUAAUUUACCUCGAAACACUAACUUCUUAGAAAACAUAUAAUCAAUCCCAAAACUAUUAGCAUCACUCAAAAUAGUUUAAAAAGAAUAAAAAACACUUUUAUGACAAAAAUUUAAGAUGAAUAUUCACCACUAUAUUCAAUGAGUAUAAUUAAUAUUUUAUGCGAACAAUCCAUUUCAAAUGUUAAAAAAUCAUUGUUAUUUUGUGAAUAAAACAUUGGGUUAAUAUGUUACACAAAGUAUUAUAUUUUUAACCAAUCAUUGAAAAAAAAUUUGUAACAACGAUGGUAGACAAAUAUUCAAUGAGGAGCGUAGUUUUCUUUAAAAUAUCUAAUGAAAUUGACAGAAAACUUUGAAGCCCUAUUAUGAAAGCAAAAGAAUUCAUGAGAAAAAUAUUUUAUUUAAAACUUUUAUGUAUUCCCUAAUAACAACAACGCCAAUUCCUCUGCUUCCUUUACGGAAAGUGAAGAAUUCAUUUCUUUAAUUUUAUGUUUCUUUUUCUUUUUCAAAACAGUUUGUAAAUCAUCAAUUUU